GCGUCACCGGUUGCCUCGGCGUCGUCAUCGAAAGUGAGAGCUUCGACACGAAGAGCGCCAGGCGAGAUUGAUAGCGCAGAAAGAACGCGAAGCAUGUCUAAGUCAACGGAUGCCGCGUCCCCGCGACAAUUCGGCAGUUCGCGUUCAUCCCGCGUGACCCCCUUAGCCUGUCCUCCAGACAAUGUAAUUUAUGCACAUGCAGUAGUAAAAGUGAUAUGGAUAUGAAUUUUCCCAUGUCUGACAUCCUUCACGAUGCAUGAUUGGCGACUGGAAAGAACGCUGAUCUACUUCACUUAGUACUUGUCCAAAAAAGUAGAGGUGCGACCGAGCUGACUUUUUUGAUUGCUUAGUGGUUUUGUAAGCAUCGGCAAACACCACACGUUCAUUACUUCGGUGUAGCACAGGCAGAGGCAGCAGAGCAUCAUGACACUGCUCCGUCUCCUGUCUCACAUUCACCACUUGCGCGCAACUUAUUAGAGACGAAGUCUGUCGUGAUACGACCCGACCCGGGACGGCGCGCGUCGCUGGAGUUGGAAGUUCAAGGACGAGCGAUUGCUGGCCCUGCGAAGCGUUUUUCAUUAACGGGUGCUUCAACAGAUCGCAGAGGAUCUGCAACGAUAGCUUUUCCAAUUACGACAUCAACUAGUGAAGAAGCUACCAACUACGAGGUCCUACCUCAAGCAAAAGAUAGCAGAAGCCGCGGCGGUGUAGUUCCGACAACUUCAAAGGAGAUUACAGAAGCCAGUACUUCGUCAGAAACAAGAUCUGCAGAAGUGAAGCCUCCAAUUGUGGCUGACGCGGUGCUGGCUGCGGUAUUAGGUCGUAAGCAGACUGAGCAGACAUUUUCUGAAGAGAGCAACACCGACAGUGAAGUAGAGCAUAACCCCGUGAUCACAGCGCUGCCUCGACGUGCGUCGCGUGAUGUUGCAGCUUCUAUUUUGGACAGUGCCGUUGCACCUGAGGGGGAGGCUACAAGUGCAGACAGUUCUGACUUACCGCGACUGCUAGACCACCACACGAUCUUCGAAAGCGGGGCGGCACCGGAUGCUCCUAAAGACGCCGCAGCAUCGGAUGACCCUAAAGGACGAGGACGAGCAGCUGCAAGACGCGAGAGUUUCAACAGGGGAAGUGUAACGCAGGGACGCCCUGGUACAGCGGGAGGUGGUCCCACCGGAUCGCAGCUGUUGGCGGCACCGACGGUGCAGCGCCCGCGCCGCCGUAGCAACCCAAAUUUGAGAACCUCCCUACCGGAUAGUACAAGCGCUGCCCGAGAUGAUGAGGACGAGGCUGGAGGAGGCUUCGUGUACCACAGUCCUUGUGGCGAGAAGACGGAGGCAAUGAAGCUGCUGGAGCAGCGCUCGCAAAACAAUGGGUCCCGCCGUCCCUCGCUCGUUCCGUCGCAGAACGCUUCGCGAAGACCCUCUCUUGUGCCCUCCCAGAACGGUUCUCGGCGUCCAUCGCUAGUGCCCACUCCUAACCUCUCUUCUCCGCGUGUCGCAUCAGACGUCGAUGAUCACACCCACGCGCCAGUUCAUCUGAUCAAGGGCGGCGCGCUCACCUCCAUGGACACGGCAGGAGGCGGAGCGUUAAAUGUAAACCCUGAAGCGAUGGAAGCGCGCUUCGAGCAAUUUCGAGCAGAUGCAGACAGACUGCGAAAAAAACUAGAUGCUCUGCAACAGGGCUAGAAGCGGUUGAACAUCCUGGCAUCCUGGCGUCGAGGUAGAUGCUCGGUCUUCGACAUUCAGGACCGCGCAGAGCUUAAGCCCUUGCUUACAGCGAUUCAAGAGCGCAAACAAUACCUAGAGUGAAAAGCAAAACCAAAAGACGUGUCGAGCAACAAGAGUAAGACAACCGACGUUCUUGGGGAUGAUAAAGAAGUCGCACAGCAGAACAAUCGCGAUGAUUCUAGAAGACCGAGCAUCUACUUUCUAGAAGAAAUGUACAAAAAAUGGAUGCUCGCCCUGAGAAGAUCACCUCGGCGGUUCGCGUGAGUACCAGGAGAUUUCUGGUCAUGAAGGUUUGAUGGAAUGGCAGCAUUUUUGAUGGAAUUGAAAGCAGUUGGCGUUAUUAUGUUUCGGUGGAAAAAAGAAUUGGACUCAUUUUAUGACACGUCACAAUUGUGAGUCUAACACGGAAGUUUACUGAGCACCAAUGAUAUGUCAUUGCAGCACGACAGCCUAUUUGGACAAGGACAGGUAGUGCACAGCAUGCAUAGAAACACUUCGAGAAGCAAAGUGACGUCGCAUGAACAGAAGUGGUAUAGCACACAGUAAUGUGCUCAAGUGCAUCAUGCAUUAUCAUCGACGACUACGAUGCAGAGAUAGAUACCGAUUUCCGUUACGUACUCCUAAGAAUGCCACAGCGUAGAAAUAGCAGAAUAUCUACAACAGGCGUCAAUUCAGAGCUCCUCCUCUCUGAAAGGGUCACACUAUGGGCUACCACGUGC